AUGUCUCCAAACCCAGAAAACGAACAUGUCGACCAUGAGCUGUCUUCAAAACAAGACAUGGAGGCAACCAUAGCCGACCCUCAGCUCGAGGACGCGUCCACCAUCGUCAUUCCAGAUCGACAGCUUGAGAAGAAGGUCGUUCAGAAGCUCGACUUGCGCCUCGCUCCGAUGUUUGCCGUCCUCUACUUCAUCGCCUAUCUCGACCGAAGCAAUAUUGGAAAUGCCGCCAUCGUGGGCUUGACCGAGGAUCUGAAACUGACGGGUGCGCAAUUCAGUACCGCCGUCAGUGUUUUCUUUGCAACCUAUGUUGCUUUCGAGAUCCCGGUCGUUCUGGCGAUGAAGAAGUUGAAGCCGAGCAGAGCCAUAACCAUGAUGGUUAUCGGUUGGUCAACAAUCACCAUCGGAACUGCCUUUGUCAAGAACUACGGGGAGCUCGUCGCCGUUCGCCUUCUUCUCGGUUUGUGUGAGGCUGGUUUCUUCCCUAGUUUGAGCUUGUACAUCACUAUGGUCUACAAGAGAGAGGAACAGGGUCGCCGGAUGGCAUACCUCUUCGGAUCUGUCGCCCUUGCCGGCAUGUUUGGCGGCCUGCUCGCCACAGGUAUCACCAAGAUUGGUCAUGCUCAUGGGCUGAACGCCUGGAGUUGGCUGUACAUUAUCGAAGGUUGCAUUUCAUUCAUUGCAGCUGCCUGGGUAUUCUGGGGACUGCCCAAUAACCCAUCCGAGGCCAAAUUCUGGAAACUGGAAGAGAAAGCGGUUAUGCUUGCUCGGGACCGCCAACGCCUUGAGUAUCUUGGAAAUCUGAAUUUCGAAUGGGUUGAGGUCGGUCGAGCGCUCAAGGAUCCCAAGGUCUGGCUGUGUGCUUUUAUCCAAUUCUUCCAAGACAUUGUACUCUAUGGCUUCAGCACUUUCUUGCCUUCUAUUCUUAAGCUCGAUCUUGGUUUCAACUCAAUGGAAGCCCAGUACCUGAGUGUUCCUGUCUAUUUUCUCGGAGGAGUUUCCUUUUUUGCCGCUGCAAUUGUAGGAGACAAGUAUAAGCUCCGUGGUACAUUCCUUGGAAUACUUGAUAUCUUCGCUGUCAUCGGAUAUGCGAUUCUGCUCGGUGUCUCCAACAGCCCUGGUGCACGAUAUUUCGCAUGCUUCCUCAUUGCAAUCCCCCUAUAUUGCGGACCAGGUUUGAACGAAAUCUGGAUCAACAAUAACAUGGCCCCCCAUUACCGCCGAGCCACCGCAAUUGGUCUGCAGCAAACCGUGGGAAAUAUUGCAGGUGUUGUUGCACCACAAGUGUAUCGAACUGCGCCGUAUCAGUUGGGGCAUUGGUGCUCUCUCGGUUCCUCAAUCAUCUGUAUCAUUCUUAUUACGGUCCAGAUUCUGUAUCUUAGAGCUCUCAACCGAAAGAAGGAACAGAUCUCCAACGGUGAGCGCGACGACGAUAGGAAGGAAACUACUGGUGAAGGAGCGCUUGAUUUCCGCUAUGUUUAUUAG